AUGGAGAGCCGGCCGGAUAACUACAAGAGAAGGGGAUUCUUUCUUUAUUUCCACCUUAUCUUUCUUACACAUCCAUUACACCCCUUCACGAACACACUCAAAGCAUGCUAUGUCUUCUUUGUUCCUUCCUUUUCCUUUUCUGACAGUCUGUCUGUCAAAUACGUCUUUCAUCAAAUAUCACCUACCAACAUCCUUCACAAUAUUUAUCGUGAUUUCUUCUCUUUGUUUAUUCUCCUAUCCAUGUCUGUCUGCUUCCCUUUCUUUCUUUUCUUUUCUUUCUUUUCUUUUUCUUUGAGAAAGACAUCCAUCUAUUUAGUCACGUUGCUAGCUUCUUCCCCUCAAUACACUCUCCUCUCCCAUAUACACGCACCUAUUCAUGUCUAUCUGCAACCCUUGCUUCCCUUCUUUCUUUACCUAUUCUUUUUCUCGCCUUUUCUAUUUCUUUCUUUCUUUCUUUCUCUUUACCUAUUCUUUUUCUCGCCUUUUCUAUUUCUUUCUUUCUUUCUUUCUUUCUUUCUUUCUUUCUUUCCCUUCUUCUUACUAUUGACAUUCUUUUUCUCUCCUUCUUCUCAUUCUCUGGGUCUUACUUUCUUUCUUUUCAUUGUCACAAUCCCCAUUCACCCGCUUCCACCGUCAACCUUCAAUUACCCUCCGCCCAUUCCCCUUUCUGUCCCCGCCUCUUGA